AUGGAUCAUUCGGCUGAUCAGACUGAGAAUGCCGUUGAUCAGGAAGCUGCAACAGACAACACAGUUUUAACCAGGGGCAUGGAUCUAGAUGUUUUCGACGCUGCAAAAGAAGGCAAAACUGAUGUCCUCAAGAGGAGACACCAUCUUCACCAAAUAUUGACUCCAACCAAGAACACAGUCCUCCAUAUUUAUAUAGCUUUUGCAAGCACCCCAAAUUACGUCGAACCAGAACACGAAGCGCUGAGGCCACCCAGCAUUGUGAAAGAAAUCCUUCAAAUGUGGCCAGCACUACUAUCGCAGAAGAACGAGAGUGGCGAGACUGCCUUACACAUUGCGGCCAGACAUGGGCGUGCUGAUAUAGUUGAACUUCUUAUCAAAACUGCAAAAGCUGGUCGUCCUCAAGACCUUGAGAAUGGGCCCACAUCAUCAAUAGCAGCCUGGCAGAUGCUCAUAAGGGAAACCAAUAACGAGAAGGACACAGCCUUGCACUUUGCAGUCCGAUUUAAUCACUUUCGUGUGGUGGAGAUAUUGACCAGAGAAGACCCUGACUUUUCCUACUCUGCUAAUGAUGCUGGGGAGACUCCACUUUAUUUGGCUGCUGAGAGGAAAUAUGGAGUUUUGUUCUCUGAAAUACUUAGCACUUGCACGGAUCCAAAUUACCAAGGCCUCAAUGGAAGAACGGCUUUGCAUGCUGCAUUGAUUUACGGUGAUAAAAAAAUGACCGAAGAAAUACUAGAGAAGAAAAAGGAUUUGGCGAUUGCAGCAGACGAACAAGGGUGGACCCCACUUCACUACGCUGCAUUCUCUGGUUGUACUUCAAUUGUAAAACAACUUCUGCAAGCUGAUAGAUCCUCUGCCUACAUUGUUGACAAAGCUGAUAAGAAGACCGCUCUUCACAUCGCAGCCUCCAGAGGCCAUAUAGGUGUAGUGAAAGACCUUAUUUCUCAUUGUCCUGAUUGUUGUGAACUGGUCGACCAAAGACGUCGAAAUGCUCUUCAUUAUGCUUUGGAGAAACAUCAAUCACGAAUCACGACUUUUGUUCUAAAGGAUUCAUGGCUUAGCAACAUCCUCCUAAAUGCCAAGGACGUUGACGGCAACACACCCCUCCAUCUGCUUGAUGUUUCUCUCUUCGGGACUCGUUUCAUUGGUGAUGCUAGAGUUGAUAAGAUGACAUUCAAUAAGGAAAACAUGAACGCUCUUGAUGUCAUUAUAGCUGAUGAUUCAAGAAAUGAGAUAUAUCUGGAACAAGCUUUGAAAAAGAAUGGUGCCGAAUCAGGCCAUCGAAUUCUAAGCAAAAGUUAUGGUGGCCAUCGGAAAUUGAAGGAAAACAAAGGUGGUGAAGACACUGAUGAAACGAACAAUGUUAGUGAAGCCCAUCUAGUAGUUGCUGCCCUCAUAGCAACUGUAACAUUCGCAGCAGGUUUCACCAUCCCUGGUGGUUACCAAAGUGAGAAAGGACCAGAGCAGGGUUCUGCAGUUCUAUCAAAAAAUGUAGCUUUCAAGGCCUUUGUUAUAACAAACACACUUGCCUUGUGUAUGUCCAGUUUCUCUGUCCUGAUGCACCUUUAUGUAUCGAUGCACACAAAGCGAAAAGGGAUUUCUGCAGCGUUUGACGAGGUGUUGUAUACCACUAUGUGGGCUUUAAUUUUAAUGGUGGUUGCAUUCCUUACAGGGACAUAUGCAAUAUUAUCUCCGGGACUUGCCAUUACGGCUUGUGUGAUUGGCUGCUUUUUCUUCCUUAUCUUGACUCAUGCCACACUUGCCGAAAUUUCCCCUACCUAUCAACGGCUUAUAGUUGUAUCAUCAAGAUUUCAGAUCUAUCGCCGCUAG